GCUCCCGGCGCCGUAGUUUCCCUCCGGAGCUUCACGGCGGUCGCUCCUUCCGGUGUCCUUCCCGGCGGGGGCGGCGGCGGGGCGGCCAUGGCGCAGAACCUGAAGGACCUGGCGGGGCGGCUGCCGAGCGGGCCCCGCGGUGUCGGCACCGCGCUUAAGCUGCUGCUGGGCGCCGGUGCCCUGGCCUAUGGUGUGCGGGAGUCCGUCUUCAUUGUGGAGGGCGGCCAGCGCGCCAUCUUCUUCAACCGCAUUGGCGGCGUGCAGCAGGACACCAUCCUGGCCGAGGGGCUGCACUUCAGGAUCCCCUGGUUCCAGUAUCCCAUCAUUUACGACAUCCGAGCGCGGCCGCGGAAAAUCUCCUCCCCCACUGGUUCCAAAGACCUGCAGAUGGUGAACAUCUCCCUGCGUGUGCUGACACGGCCCAACGCGGCCGAGCUGCCCAGCAUGUACCAGCGCCUGGGGCUGGACUACGAGGAGCGCGUCCUGCCCUCCAUCGUCAACGAGGUGCUCAAGAGCGUGGUGGCCAAGUUCAACGCCUCGCAGCUCAUCACGCAGAGAGCCCAGGUGUCUCUGCUCAUUAGGAGAGAACUGACAGAAAGAGCCAAGGAUUUCAGCCUCAUCCUGGAUGAUGUGGCUAUCACAGAGCUCAGUUUUAGUCGUGAAUAUACAGCCGCUGUGGAGGCUAAGCAAGUGGCCCAGCAGGAGGCACAGCGUGCCCAGUUCCUGGUGGAGAAGGCCAAGCAGGAGCAGAAGCAGAAGAUAGUUCAGGCUGAGGGGGAAGCGACAGCUGCCAAGAUGCUUGGGGAAGCUCUCAGCAGGAAUCCAGGCUACAUCAAGCUACGUAAGAUCCGAGCUGCUCAAAACAUCUCAAAAACGAUUGCUGCCUCACAAAACCGUGUGUAUCUCACAGCCGAUAACUUGGUACUGAACCUGCAGGAUGAGGGUUUCACCAGGUAAAGGGGCUGGGUGCCUAGGUUUGUC